UUUACGUAGUUGUUUAUUGAUAAUUGUGAAUAGUGUCUGUAAAUAUUAUUGUAUAUUGUGAUAAGAUAAGUAAAUUCGCUUUGUGUUUGAUGAUUAAUUUUGAAAUUCAAAUCAAGCUGACUGCUGGAAGUCCAUUGCUGCUGCGUUGCGUAUGUGAAUUUGGAUACAGCAAGUGGGCGAAUAUUGCAGAGCCGAACAUCGUCGAUUAAAUGCUUCAGAGAUGGCAAUUAAUUUAGAGAAAUAUAAGAGUGAGCUGCAGGAGGCUUACAAGGAUGUCCUCAACGAGAAAACCGACACAGAUUGGGCUUUGUUCGGCUAUGACAAGCAAUCAAAUGAUCUGAAGGUGGUGAGCACUGGCUCCGGGGGCCUGGAGGAGCUGGUCGAGGACUUCAACAGUGGGAAAAUCAUGUACGCAUUUGCCAAAGUGAAUGACCCUAAAACCUCACUGCCAAAGUGUGUUCUGAUCAAUUGGCAAGGAGAGGGUGCCAAUACAGUCCGCAAGGGCAUGUGUGCCAAUCACCUGAGAGAUGUGGAGAAAUUCUUUUCAGGUGCAAAUGUGACAAUAAAUGCCAGGAAUGAGGAUGAGGUUGAUCCUCAGCUGAUUAUUGAUAAGGUGGCCAAGGCCGGCUCGGUGUACAGCUUUAAGGCGCCCAGAGGCGAUAAUACAGGCCCCACGGGACCAAUAGGAUCGAAUUACAAGCGCGUGAACCCUAUCCAGGAGAUUAAUGCAACGGAAAGGGAUCAAUUUUGGAUGAAGGAAGAAAUAGAGGAGAAGAAGCGUGUGGAGGAUGAGCGCAGCAGACGCGAUACCGAGAAGCAUAAGCUGGAAGAGGAGGCCAAAAAGCGUGAAGCUUUGGAGGCGAAAGUGCGAGAUGAGAAGACCGAGAGGAGGAAUUCUAGCAUCGACUUGAUCAAACAGGCGGAGAAGGUGGCCCAGGAUAAUAAGGCGCAACAGGAGAUGGAACAGUACAUUAUGGAUUUGAAUGAAACGAAAGUGAAUCAGAGCGAUGUUUUAAGGCAGCAGCGCAACCAGGAAGCUCAAAAUCUAAUUGCUCAACGCACCAUUGACGCUCGGUCGAUUUUCGAAAAGAACACGUCGGCCGGACAAAUAAAGAAGACUACGCCGGAGAAGCCGGUCCGGGCUUCCAUACUCAAAGCUCAACAACAGAAAAUGGAAGAAGAGGCCAAACAAGAAGUGGUUACGACGCCACCAGAAGUGAUUCAGGAGAACAAACAGAUCGAGGAGCAAAGCGACGAUGACUCUGACCAAUUUGCAACAAUAAAACGCUCCCCUAAAGAUUUAGACAAAAAGAACUCGAUCACAAGCCCAGUGGAACAGGAGAACGCUAAGAACGUCAUAAACAAGCAACAGGAACCGAAGAUCGAGACCGUGCAACAGAUCACUGAACAACAAUUCGUCGAUGAAGUUUUGUAUGGAGAUUUGUGUGAUUCAGGAAUUCAAGCGAGGGCAUUAUACGACUAUCAAGCUGCGGAUGAUACUGAGAUUUCGUUUGAUCCUGGUGAUCUGAUCACGCACAUCGAGUUGGUCGACGAGGGAUGGUGGCAAGGUCUGAGCCCGGAUGGUGUUUACGGUUUAUUCCCAGCAAACUACGUGGAACGCCUUUAAACUACCACAACAAUUUUCAAAUGCAAUUUAAGAACAAAAAGAGUAUUAUUAUUUUUAAAAUUGAUUCGCUUAGAUAUAACUAUUUUUUGACUGCUUAAAGAUUCCUAUUUAGCUUCGUUUUUUUUCCUCUAUUUAAUUUUUUUAUUACAUUUUAUUUAAUUAAUAAUACGCGUACUGUUGUUGUUUGGGAUAACGUGGAGUUUAUUACUAUUCACUUUUUAAUUAUGAUGCAAUAUAUAUUUACAAAUCAAAAGGAGAGAACAUGAGUUGUUGGUUUUUAUUCAGAUGAGAAAUUCUAGUGUUUGUUAGUAUUAUUGAUACGAUUCGUUUUAUUUUUCUUGUACCGGUUUUUUGCCGUGCCAAUUUGAUCAUCUUAGUAUUUUUUAUUUGUUUGUUCUUAAUAAUUCAUGCAACAUAACAAAAUGUAAGAAAAAAUGGUCAUUGAACAUAUUAGUAUUUAUUGUUAGAAAUUCAUGAAGGGAUACAUAAUCUCGGAUAACACUUGGUGUGACUCGUAAUACAAUGUUUUUAAUAAAUUUUGUUUUCUGAUAGGAUAUCCAUAAUAAGCACAUGUUCACACUUUAUCUACUUUGUGAUACAGAUAAUAUAAAAAUAAAUGUGUACGUUAUUACAUGAACG